CCUUACUUCAUCGCCCACGACAACACUGCAACCAUGAAGGUUCUGAUCAUCGUCCUGUUGGUGGGUCUGGCAACAGCAAUGCCUCAACCAGAAGCUGACCCUAAAGCUGGCUUCGGUGGCUUAGGUCUCGGUCUCCCAGGUCUUGGAGGUGGCUACGGUCUCGGAGGUGGCUAUGGUCUCGGAGGAGGAUAUGGUCUCGGAGGAGGAUAUGGUCUCGGAGGUCUCGGCUACGGAGGAUAUGGUCUCGGAGGCCUUGGAGGUUAUGGUCUUGGCGGCGGCCUGUACGGCUAAGAGACCAGACCUUCCUCCUGUAAUAUGAGCAUCUUCAUGUGUCUAAGAAUUACAUAUCCUCUGGAUAAUACAAAUAAAAUGACCUCUCCAUCAUGUAUCAAUACUGCAUAUCAUCAUUAAGAAAAUAAACUUCUGAGCAUCUGAA